AUGGAUUACAGACCGAGUUCCGAAAAUUUCCACCAGGCGUUGGAAUGUAUGGACCUGGAAGUCAUUUUUGCUGCGGAGAUUGCCCACGAUUCCGGCAAACUUUCUGACAAGGGAGGCUACGAGUUCACCAUUGUGCAAUGCGAGGACAAUUUGACGCAUCACCAAGAUCUCCAGAAACGAGGUAUAUUCAAGCAACUUCCUAAAGACAAACUUUCAGAAAUGAUUCCAUUUCACAACGAGGUCGUAAAGCCGUUGGUCCGAUUCUUUACAUACGAGACCCAAACGGGUGCUCCCGAGGAUAACGUGCCUCUUGAGGACCGCUAUACUGCAUUUUAUUAUCUUCAAUAUGCCUGCAACCUAGCGGCCAGGUAUAAGACAGAUGAGAAUAAUGUUGAAAAGGACUUUCACAUGAGGGGCGUGUCUCCCAGUGUGAAGAUCAAGAUGCUUGAAAAGAUCCCUAACACAUUCUGUGGGCCGAAUGGGCGGCUUGCUCUACAGCAUGUAGUCGCCUGGGUGAAGAAUCGUUACGAGAAACUUUUAGUCGAAGCGCGGACGAGUUGCUCAGGCACAACUCAAAUGGGUCCAAACAAUUCCCUGUUGAAUAUCCUCGUUGUGGAUGGUCUCAAGAACUUUCAACAGCGCAUCUCAAAAGAUAAGCUUGAACAAGAUGAGGUGGUAAAAGCUAGCGAACACUGGGCUAGCGGAAGGGUUGAUCAAGAGCUGUUCGUCAUAGACAGGCUGGAGACUUGCCUCAAAUAA